AUGUUAGAAGUCUCAUAUAUAUAUUUUUCAAUUUCUGAAGUGUUUCAGGUUGUUUGUGCAGUUUGUGACACUAAGCAGCCGAUAGGGAAACAACAGUUUCAUUGUGAUGAUUGCGGAAUCUGUAGGGUUGGUGGUCAAGAGAAUUAUUUCCACUGCGAGAAGUGUGGGUCAUGCUAUUCAGUUACACUGCGUGACAAUCAUUUGUGUGUGGAGAACUCCAUGGACAUGUGCAUUACUGGUUCUGUUAUUGCAAUUAUGUAGUUAGAUGAUAUUGAAACAUUGAAGUUGUUCUAUUUUAUUUUUUAAUGAAAAAUAGUAAUAGUUAUGUAGAACAAUAUUAUAUGCAAUUAUAUUUGGAACUAUUGACAUUAAGAACUUUUAUAUAUAGUUACAUUGUCUUAAA